AUGUUGAACUACGCAAUCGAUAUAACCUACAAAGAAGGCGAGUCACCGGGUCAUUGCGGACUUGAGGAGUUUCUGCAUGGGUAUUUCCAUGGUGACCCAGGCAAAACCCGGGAUCACGGACAUCAUGCGAAUGGGUCCCUUACGGAUGGCAACAAGGCUGCAGCUAACACCCUGGCUGAGUACUACUCCGCGGUGUUCGGCCCAGAACAUAUCAGUUGGACAGACGGAGGCGGUUGUCCCGCGGUAGACUCCAUUCCCAGCAGGUUCCUGGAACUUGUGUCUCCGUGCUAUGAUCUAGAACUUCUGGACCGUGAUGUGCCAAUUCGAAUCGCUAUGCCAUUUCGCAAAAUCGUUCCUGUUUCAUUACUCACUAGUCAUCUUAGAAGCUUGCGUGACCGGAAGCCUCUAGAUUCUGUUAGAAACUCAUCCGGUUUACCCUCUCACUGGUCUCUCGGUGUACCACGGAGUUUCCACGCCAGACUUUCAACAACUACUAGUGUGGAGCCCGGGACUUACUCUUGGCUUUGUGAACCCGGAGUUAUGGGAGGAGGUCUGAUCAAUCUCUACGGCGCCGGCCUUAUAGACGUCGCAUUUAUCCUGACCGGUGGUUUGAAGCUCACGUCUGUAAACUGCGUGUCACGGGUUUUUGACUGGAAACUAACGGAUGAUCCUAAUUGUAUCAGAAGGAUGUCAGCUGAGGAUUACGUUGUGAUUACUGGAGAAUUAGAACCUAGUGAAAGUGGUACCUGUUUCGGAAUGGGUUCACCUGUCGCGGUGUUUUGUAUAUCGUCCGAGUUACCUCCUGUGGAUUUUGGUGGCGCGGAUUCCACAGAAGACUUUCGCCUAAAUAUUGAGUUAACAGGUUCUUCCGGGCGUUUUGUUAUACAUGAUCAAGGAAAUCAAAUAAGCUGGACACCUGUAAAACCCUUGAGCUCUAGAACGCAGACAAGCAAGAUGUGGAAACGUGUUUCUGCGGUCUCCGAGAACGAGGAGCGACCCAUCGAAGAUAAUUCGAUAAAUGGAUUACACAGCAGCGAUUCUAAGUCUUCCUCCCAAAAGCCUUUGACUAACGGGGCACUGCAUCGGAAGUUAUCUGAAAUCAGUUAUGACUCGCCAUCUGUUCACAAUGUACCGGUAAUCAGUGCUACCACCGUCGCACAUAAUACCGAGACUGUGACAUUCAGUACUAAAAACCUAAACGUCGAUGCUGGAUCAAAAGUCGACUCCAAUUCAAAUAUUCAUCCCUUACGUCUUGCCUGGUCUCAUUGGCUCAAUCAUUUGACCGGUUGUGUCCAGCCCAAUCGAACCAAAUUGAAUAUGGACAUGUUGUUGGCGACACCGGAACAUUGGGCGUAUGUACAACGCGUUUUGACUGCACUAGAGAAAUCGUCCCGUCAAAGAUGCUGGAUUGAUGUAGCCACUGGAGAGCGCUUGUGA